CGCUGAAACCGCACGCCGGCCCCGCUCAGCCAAUCACCACCGCCAAGCCUGUUCCCUCGCUUAGCCCUCAGCCCACCGCAUCCCAUCCCCCUCACCACCACUACUACUACUACUACCCAUCUGUUGUCUGUACAUACAACCCGUCUGCAAUACCAUCAGAUUAUCAGCUCUUCCAUCCCGUCUUUUCUUAUCUCGUCUUGUCUUGUGUCUCUCGAUCGUGCCAUCCUUCCUCCUAAACCCCCCUGCUCCUGCGUCAGAACCCCCCCUGUCAAAACACCACUCUCGCAACCUCACCACCGCCACCACUAACGGAAUCUUGCUUCCAUCACGAUAACUCCACCGUGGCACCAUCGCCAUGCCAUGCCAUGCUUGCAUUGAUCAAAAAACCCCCCACUUGAAACGCUGCCAAAAUGACGUCUUCCCAAUCCAGCCAUCGACCCAGCCAGCGAGCCAGCAAGCUGCACUCCCACCCCAGCCGUCGAUCAAGCAGACUACACAUAUCCAAUACUUACACCAAUCAUCGCCCUCACACCCUGCGCCACUCCCAAUACCCAAUACUCUGACAAUGUUCUUCGGGAAGUCCGGGCCCUUGCCUCCCCCUUGCCCCAUUUCUGUUUGGUUGCCGGCCUGCCAGCUGCACCGCACGCCCCCGUUUGCAUUUCAAUCUCGUAUCUGCGCCCCAAAAUCUCCCUCCCUUCUCCAACCGGGGUCCCCCCCUAAGCGACCACUACGGACAAUCCAAGAGGUCACCUACGGAGAAAUCUCCGCUUUCUUCAUUCAAAUCCACGCCAUGGGCACACAUUUUCUCCAUGCCCUCUGCCUCUUCUUGGGUUUAUUGCCUAGACAUUUGCUGGGCUUCUUGGGUCUCGGAUCUAUGCCGGACUUCUCGACUGAUCUUACGAGCUUCUCUGCGUUGCUUCCACGCUACUCACCCGCCCCGAUAAACUCCGCACAUGAGGAUUCGAUGCGUGCGACAGCCCUCGAGCUAUAUCACAAACAUCAAGUGAGUUUGGAAAACAAAACAUCAAAAACUGCGUUUGUAUCCACAAUGCCGCCGAGUCUGUCAGUCUGUUAGUGUCAGACGUGUUCACUCGCCAUGAUGAUGCAGCAACUCCGGACCGGAGAAUUCUAUUCCUGGGGUCAUCCUCAUAAUGCCCUUUCGUCACAGCCUCUUUGCCUACCAUUCACGAUCAUGCUCACCUCCCACCUUCGCAUCGCAUGAUUCAACUAUUUCACCUAUCAAACUCACUCCAUCGCUGAUUCGAAACAAUGUCAUACACGUUCCGAAGCGGGGAAUCCAAUCCCAGGAUGACCCUGUAAACACUAGGUCGGCCUCAUAGUGACCUCCCAAGUGACCUACCAGAUCCUCGAUCAUGGUAUCUACCCACCUGCCUGAAAACCC